CUAUUCAGUAGAGUGAUUGUGCGGCAUAGCUAAUGCUCAUGUCAAAUUGUCAUGGACAAUUAUUGUUAUUACUGUAAUCAUAAUGAUAUGAUACAAUAAGACGUUCAAAAUAAUUGUGGAAAUAAAAAAGUUUAGGUAUCGUCGAUCCUGUUUAAUGCGCAGUCGUCAUGUUGUACCUCAAGAUCAUAGCCAUACCGUGUUUCGUUCUGUCGAACCACGUCGUUCGGCCGAGUACGGUACCGAUGGACUUAAACGUCCAUCCAGAACACUUACCAUACAUACUGAACUCAAGAACCAAUAACAAUAAAACGCUCUGUUGGGGCUACGAAAAUGACUGUGAUAUAGAGCACCGCUAUUUGGACCCCACGUGUCCAGGUACUGAAACCAGUUGGGCACCGACCAAACAGGAUCAAAUUGACACAUUCUACGAACAAGGAGAUUUUGGCUAUGUGAAACAACAACGAGAAGAAAUCACACACAUGUGUGAGCCAAUAAAUAAAGACGAUUCAUCAUUGGAAUGCACUAACCAUUUGAAGUUUUGUCGUGGACAUAAUAUUAUGAUAAAUUUUGAAAAUAUAUUGAACAAAAACCACCCAAUACGAUAUCAAAUGGAUGUACUAAGUAGUGGUCAAAUUGGUGGAAAAUGCAAGUUUCAUAAAGAUAAAUUGGAUGCUCAGUGUGAUCAUCUGAGUCCAUUACAGUCUUGGAGUCCCGAAUUAAGAUUUUUUACACAAAUCACUGAUUAUCCUGGAAAAUGUGAUUUAAUCAUAACUAAACCUACAAUCAUUAUGAAAAUAGACGCAACUGUGAAUAUGUACCAUCACUUUUGUGAUUUUUUGAAUUUAUAUGCGUCUCAGCAUGUGAAUGGUUCAGGAGCUAGUAUGUUUUCAAAAGACAUACACAUAUUAGUUUGGGAGUCAUUUGCCUAUGAAUCUGCAUUUAGUGAUACCUUUCAAGCAUUUACAAAACAUCCUAUAUGGAAUUUAAAUACUUUCAGAGGAAAAGUUGUUUGUUUUAAUGAUAUUGUCUUACCUUUACUACCAAGAAUGAUAUUUGGGCUGUAUUACAAUACUCCUUUGAUUGAUGGAUGUGAAAACAGUGGAUUGUUUAAAGCAUUUUCCCAACAUGUGUUACAUCGCUUGAACAUUUAUCAAGACCCAAAUGGCAAUGAAAAAAUAAGGAUAACAUUUUUAUCUAGAAACACAAAAUAUAGAAAUGUAUUGAAUGAGAAUGAAUUAAUAACGGCUUUAAAAAAUCAUUCUCAGUAUGAAGUAAAAAAGGUUGUUUAUAGUGGCAACUUCUUAUCUUUUAAAGAACAAGUACACAUAACUUAUAACACUGAUAUAUUUAUUGGAAUGCACGGCGCUGGGUUAACACAUCUUUUAUUUUUACCCGAAUGGGCAGUGUUAUUUGAACUAUAUAAUUGUGAAGAUGAACAUUGUUACAAAGACUUGGCUCGCUUGAGAGGUGUUAAGUACAUAACAUGGAGAGAUAUAAAUAAGUUUACUAUUCAAAAUAAAGGCCAACAUCCAGAUCAGGGUGCACAUGCCAAGUUUACCAACUAUUCAUUUGAUAAAGAUGAAUUCUUAAGUCUAGUGGAUGAAGCCGCUACACAUGUAAAAAAAGUUAAACACGGUUAUAGUCCUAAAUUACAUGACGAACUUUAA